AUGUUUGCGGAACCAGGUGGUUCAUUCGUAAAUUUAGCGGCAGCUGUUGCGGCAACGUUAAUAUCUGCUAGUACAACAUCAGGGUCGUUGUUCACCACUCAAACUUCACAGGCUCCUACCACCGCAUCGACAUCUUCCCUUUCCAUGGCAACCACUCUAAUCGCCACAACGACUUCCAGCUCAACUCCAAUAACGGUUGAUGUAUCGGUCGGUAUUCCUCUCAUCCUCACUAUUAUGGCAGCAUUUUAUUUCCUAUAUUGUGGAUGCCAGAAACGUAAGAUACUGUAG